AUGGAUUUAACAGAGCAACUGGGGCUACGAAACGCCCUCAGUGAAUCAGCCAGCACACUCAGAGACCACCACCUGUAUAGUGCAAGCAAAUGGUCAGCGGAAGCACUAAAUGGGAUGAAACCUCUCUCUGAAGAGCAAAAGUUCGCUUUAUAUCAGAAAAAGGGACAGAGCAAAGUCAAUGGCGAGUCUCUACACACGUAUCUUCCCAAAAUAACAUCGGAAUGCGAGCUGCAAAGAUUUUAUGACAUGGACAAACUGACACUAGCAUCAUCAUAUUUCGAUUGCAAAGAGUUCGAUAGGUGUAGCAGUGCGUUGAAAGGAUGCAGAAGCGACACUGCCACCUUUUUGAGGCUAUACUCGAUGUACCUGAGUGGGGAAAGAAAGCGGGAUCUUGAUUCGGGGGCCGUGCUUAGUGAAAAUAACGGCAACUCGCAAAAUCCAUAUUUGAGCGAGAUAUCAAAGCAGCUCAAGCAGUUGACAGAGGCCGGAUCCGGGCGGCUAACGGACCCGUUUCUGCUCUAUUUGGCAGGAGUGGUUGCAACGUGCUCGAAGGACAUUCCGAGGGCUCGUGAAUUGUUGUACCAGUCGCUUACAUUGUAUCCAUUCAACUGGGGGUGCUGGAAAGAGCUUCUUUCGAGUCUCGGCAACUUCAGCGACGCGUCGGCGUUCCUGCUGAGGUUUGCAAGGAACUCGAGGUUCACGGAGAACAAGUGUUACAGAGUGAUGUUGCUUUUUUUCGAGAUUACGAUCCACCAGGAGUUUUUCCAGACCUCUCCGGAGGUUGUGAAUGAUCUCCAGUUUCUCGAGGAGAUCUUCCCGAAAUUCAGCUUUGUGAAAGUCCAGCAGGCCCUCGUGUCUUACAAUGCGUUAGAUUACGCCGCUGCCGAGAAUAUCUUUGAUUCCGUGCUGGUUUCGGAUCCUCUGCGAUUAGACGACAUGGACACGUAUUCGAACAUUCUAUACGUGAUGGAGAAGAAGUCGAAGCUCUCCUUUUUGGCACAGCACACGUUGAAAGUGGACCCGUUGCGAUCCGAGACCUGCUGUGUCGUGGCAAACUACUACUCGCUCAAAUUUGACCACCAGAAGGCCAUAAUGUACUACAAGCGGGCUUUGGCGCUCAACAAGAGGUGUCUUAGUGCCUGGACGCUCAUGGGACACGAGUUUGUCGAGUUGAAGAACUCGCACGCUGCCAUAGAGAGCUACCGGCGGGCUGUAGAUGCAAAUAAUAAGGAUUUUCGGGCCUGGUAUGGCUUGGGGCAGGCAUACGAGGUGUUGGAUAUGAAUCUGUACUCGCUCUAUUACUACCAGCGGGCGUGUGCAUUGAGGCCGAUGGACAAAAGGAUGUGGCAGGCCAUUGGCAAUUGCAGUGAGAAGCUAAACGAGUACGAGGAUGCCAUUAAGGCAUACAAGAAGGCACUCAGCGUAAGUCCUGAGGUCGAUCCCGUGAUAAUGUACAAGUUGGCAAACCUGUACGAGGAAAAAGGCGAUGUAAAGAAUGUCAAGUUCUACAUGCUGCAGUGCCUGAAGGAGGAGGAGUACGAAGGUGCCACGGAUGAGACUUCGAAGGCGCGGUUGUGGCUUGCAAAGCACGAGAUGCAGGUGAAGAACUGGCAGCAUGCCUACAACUAUGCCAGCGAGUUAAUGCAUGGAACUUCGCACGAUAUAGAAGAGGCCCGGGCAAUUGCCAGGGAGGCAGGUGAGCGGCUGCGGGAGCAGAAUGAAUGA